AUGGAGUCACCGAAGGUUUCGCCGGCGUUCAGAGCACCUACAUUCAGCCAGAAAAACGCACAACCAUCAAGUUCAAUAGGCCCAAUCCUCCCACCUUCACCUCCCAUAAUAGGAAGAUCUAGAGGAGGAAGUGAACCAGGAGGAUUUGUGGAGAGAGUUGCUGCGGUGGUACCGAAAGCGAAGAAGGUUGUAUUGCCCUGUGGCACAACUGUCCUUGUUCCCGUGAAAAUCUACCCAAGACCAGUCAGUGAAUUCUCGAUCGACGAUGGCUUUCCUGUGUUUAUCCCAAGACCAAGCUCAGCUGAUGAUGCAAGUUCGAGGCCCGCUGAGCCAGCAAUACGACAAGAAGCAAGGAAAUCAGUACAUCCACCUCCUCCAAAGUUGCCAGUACCACAUCUUCCAAAGUUGCCAAUACCACACCCUCCAAAGUUGCCAGUACCACAUCCUCCAAAGUUGCCAGUACCACAUCCUCCAAAGUUGCCAGUAGAAAGUACAGAAGUUACUGUAUCGUUAAGUCCGAAACCUCGUUUCCGCUCUUGUGUUGGCGUGUCUAUAGUUACGGAAGAAUUCGAGAGUGAAAAGGCGACGUUCAAAGAGCACCCAGCAGUUGUUGAUGCCAAACAUGGAGACAGACCCAUCUCAAAGAGGCCUUCCGAGCCGGUUCUGGAGGAAAUCCCGGAAACGAGUGUGCAUCGGAAAUUGAGGAAUACGAGCACGGAAACUCCUCCUCGGACUUCUAUCACCAGGCGAUCAAGCAAGAACGCACAAUCGAACGAUCUCGCCACCUCUGCACCUCCCAAAACUGCGGCUUCUGCUGCUCGGAAACAUCCCAAAACACCAGCGGCCCCUGCCAGUACACCAUCACGAGCUCUAUCUUCCUCCGUUGACGUGCCUACGCAGGUUCGAACAUCCCGUCAAAAAGGCAAGGUAUCAGUUACUCCGGCACCCACCACUCCCAAGCGGUCUAAAAUAAGUCGAGCUCCAACUCAAACAAUGCAGCCUGAUGAGAAACCAGCCCAUGUUGGACGUACAAGAAAACUUUGCCCCGGAUUUCGAUGA